AUGGCUUUGCAUGACUUAGCUGGAACAUCACAUCUCAACUCUCAACCCCCUUUCCCUGUGAUAUGCAGCUUUCGAGGAUCUGUCCCUCAAGGAUUGGUCUUAGAAAUAGGAGAGACAGUCCAGAUUCUUGAAAAAUGUGAAGGUUGGUACAGAGGAGUUUCAACAAAGAAACCAAAUGUAAAGGGGAUCUUCCCUGCAAAUUAUAUUCACUUGAAAAAAGCAAUCGUCAGUAAUAGAGGGCAGUAUGAAACUGUGGUUCCGCUUGAAGAUUCUAUUGUGACUGAAGUCACAGCAACUCUACAAGAAUGGGCCAGUCUGUGGAAACAACUGUAUGUGAAACACAAAGUAGAUCUUUUCUACAAACUUCGCCAUGUGAUGAAUGAACUUAUUGACCUGCGAAGGCAGCUCCUGUCUGGUCACCUGACUCAGGAUCAGGUGCGGGAGGUUAAGCGACACAUCACUGUACGUCUGGACUGGGGUAAUGAGCAUUUGGGCCUGGACCUGGUGCCCCGGAAGGACUUUGAAGUAGUGGAUUCAGAUCAAAUUAGUGUCUCAGAUCUCUAUAAGAUGCAUUUGUCUAGCCGGCAGAGUGUACAGCAGAGUACAUCUCAGGUAGAUACAAUGCGCCCACGUCAUGGAGAGACCUGUCGGAUGCCAGUGCCACAUCACUUCUUCUUUAGCCUGAAGAGUUUUACCUACAAUACCAUUGGGGAAGAUACUGAUGUCUUCUUUUCCUUAUAUGAUAUGAGAGAAGGCAAGCAGAUCAGUGAGCGUUUUCUGGUGAGACUGAACAAGAAUGGUGGGCCAAGGAACCCAGAGAAGAUAGAACGAAUGUGUGCCCUUUUUACAGAUCUGAGCAGCAAAGAUCUGAAGAGAGAUUUGUAUAUAGUUGCCCAUGUGAUCCGAAUAGGCCGGAUGCUCCUGAACGAUUCAAAGAAGGGCCCUGCUCACCUGCACUACAGGCGACCAUAUGGCUGUGCAGUCCUAAGCAUCUUGGAUGUCCUACAGUCACUCACAGAACUAAAAGAAGAAAAGGACUUUGUUCUUAAGGUUUACACGUGCAACAACGAGAGCGAGUGGUCCCAGAUCCACGAGAACAUCAUCCGAAAGUCCAGUGCCAAGUACUCUGCCCCCAGCGCCAGCCAUGGUUUGAUCAUUUCUCUUCAGCUUCUUCGUGGAGACAUGGAACAGAUCCGGAGAGAAAAUCCCAUGAUUUUUAAUAGGGGAUUGGCAAUUACAAGAAAAUUGGGAUUUCCUGAUGUCAUCAUGCCAGGUGAUAUCCGCAAUGAUUUGUACCUAACUCUGGAGAAAGGAGAUUUUGAGAGAGGAGGAAAGAGUGUACAAAAGAAUAUUGAAGUGACAAUGUAUGUACUUUAUGCAGAUGGAGAAAUCUUGAAGGAUUGCAUCAGUUUGGGUUCAGGAGAGCCAAAUAGGAGUUCCUACCACUCCUUCGUCCUUUACCACAGCAAUAGUCCUCGUUGGGGAGAAAUUAUCAAAUUGCCCAUCCCCAUUGACCGGUUCCGAGGUUCCCACCUGCGCUUUGAGUUCAGACAUUGUUCCACAAAGGACAAAGGGGAAAAGAAACUCUUUGGCUUUGCAUUCUCACCCCUGAUGCGUGAUGAUGGUACCACCCUCUCAGAUGACAUUCAUGAGCUUUAUGUGUAUAAGUGUGAUGAGAAUAGCACAUUUAACAACCAUGCUCUGUACCUGGGCCUGCCCUGCUGCAAAGAAGACUAUAAUGGCUGCCCUAAUAUCCCUUCAAGCCUCAUCUUUCAGCGCAGCACCAAGGAGUCUUUCUUCAUUUCCACACAACUCUCCUCUACCAAACUCACCCAGAAUGUUGACCUCCUUGCUCUGCUGAAAUGGAAGGCCUUUCCAGACCGAAUCAUGGACAUCCUAGGGCGGCUGCGACAUGUCAGUGGGGAGGAAAUUGUUAAGUUUCUACAGGACAUCCUGGAUACACUUUUUGUAAUUUUAGAUGAUAAUACAGAGAAAUAUGGCCUGUUAGUUUUUCAGUCUUUGGUCUUCAUCAUCAACCUGCUCCGAGAUAUCAAAUAUUUCCAUUUCCGACCUGUGAUGGACACAUAUAUCCAGAAGCACUUUGCUGGAGCCCUAGCCUACAAGGAGCUCAUUCGCUGUUUGAAAUGGUAUAUGGACUGCUCAGCAGAACUGAUUCGGCAGGAUCACAUUCAGGAAGCCAUGCGGGCCUUGGAGUACCUUUUCAAGUUCAUUGUGCAGUCACGGAUCCUAUACUCACGAGCCACAUGUGGGAUGGAAGAGGAGCAAUUCCGUUCCAGCAUCCAAGAACUUUUCCAGUCCAUCCGGUUUGUGCUCAGUCUGGACAGCAGAAACUCAGAAACACUCCUUUUCACUCAGGCUGCACUCCUCAAUUCUUUCCCAACCAUCUUUGAUGAGCUGCUGCAAAUGUUCACUGUGCAAGAAGUGGCAGAGUUUGUGAGAGGAACCCUGGGGAGCAUGCCCAGCACUGUGCACAUUGGGCAGUCAAUGGAUGUAGUAAAGCUGCAGUCCAUCGCCAGGACAGUGGACAGCCGCCUCUUUUCUUUCUCAGAAUCCCGCCGCAUCCUGCUUCCUGUGGUUCUCCAUCACAUUCACCUUCACCUGAGGCAGCAGAAAGAGCUGCUCAUCUGCUCAGGAAUUCUUGGCAGCAUUUUCUCCAUUGUCAAGACCAGCUCUCUGGAGGCAGAUGUCAUGGAAGAGAUAGAGAUGAUGGUGGAGAGCCUCCUGGACGUGCUCUUGCAGACUCUGCUCACCAUCAUGAGCAAAUCGCACGCUCAGGAGGCGGUAAGAGGGCAGCGGUGCCCGCAGUGCACAGCCGAGAUCACUGGUGAGUAUGUGUCCUGCCUUCUCUCACUACUCCGCCAGAUGUGUGACACCCAUUACCAGCAUCUCCUGGACAAUUUCCAGAGCAAAGAUGAACUCAAGGAAUUUCUGCUGAAGAUUUUCUGUGUAUUCCGGAACUUGAUGAAGAUGAGUGUGUUCCCUCGGGACUGGAUGGUGAUGAGACUGCUCACAAGCAAUAUUAUAGUCACUACUGUCCAGUACCUGUCCUCUGCACUGCACAAGAAUUUCACAGAGACAGACUUUGACUUCAAGGUGUGGAAUUCUUAUUUUAGCCUGGCAGUUCUGUUCAUAAAUCAGCCAAGCCUUCAGCUAGAAAUCAUUACUUCAGCCAAGAGGAAGAAGAUUCUAGAUAAGUAUGGGGACAUGCGUGUGAUGAUGGCUUAUGAACUGUUCAGCAUGUGGCAGAAUUUGGGUGAACAUAAGAUCCACUUUAUUCCGGGAAUGAUUGGUCCUUUCCUGGGUGUGACACUGGUUCCCCAACCAGAAGUGCGGAAUAUUAUGAUUCCCAUCUUUCAUGACAUGAUGGACUGGGAACAGAGGAAAAAUGGCAACUUCAAACAGGUGGAGGCUGAGCUGAUUGACAAGCUAGACAGCAUGGUGUCGGAAGGGAAAGGUGACGAGAGCUACAGGGAGCUCUUCGGCCUGCUAACCCAGCUGUUUGGGCCCUACCCCAGCCUCCUGGAGAAGGUUGAACAGGAAACAUGGCGUGAAACUGGCAUUUCCUUUGUGACCUCAGUCACCCGCCUCAUGGAACGCCUUCUUGACUACAGGGACUGCAUGAAAGGAGAAGAAACAGAGAAUAAGAAGAUCGGCUGCACUGUUAACCUGAUGAACUUCUACAAAUCUGAGAUUAACAAAGAAGAGAUGUAUAUCCGCUAUAUCCAUAAGCUUUGUGAUAUGCAUUUGCAGGCCGAAAACUACACAGAGGCUGCAUUCACCCUGCUCCUCUACUGUGAGCUGCUGCAGUGGGAGGACCGACCACUGCGGGAAUUCCUCCACUACCCAUCUCAGACAGAAUGGCAGCGGAAAGAGGGACUGUGCCGGAAGAUCAUCCACUACUUCAACAAAGGCAAGAGCUGGGAGUUUGGGAUCCCACUGUGCAGGGAGCUGGCAUGUCAGUAUGAGAGCCUCUACGACUAUCAGAGCCUCAGCUGGAUUCGGAAAAUGGAGGCCAGCUACUACGACAACAUUAUGGAGCAGCAGCGCCUGGAGCCUGAGUUCUUUCGUGUUGGCUUCUACGGCAGGAAGUUUCCUUUCUUCCUUCGGAACAAAGAAUACGUGUGCCGUGGCCAUGACUACGAGAGGCUGGAGGCCUUCCAACAGCGGAUGCUCAGCGAGUUCCCACAGGCUGUCGCCAUGCAGCACCCCAACCAUCCUGACGACGCCAUCCUACAGUGCGAUGCCCAGUACUUGCAGAUCUAUGCAGUGACGCCCAUUCCAGAUUAUGUGGAUGUUCUGCAGAUGGAUAGGGUCCCGGAUCGCGUCAAGAGCUUCUAUCGUGUCAACAAUGUGAGGAAGUUCCGGUACGACAGGCCUUUUCAUAAAGGCCCCAAGGACAAGGAGAAUGAAUUCAAGAGCCUGUGGAUUGAACGCACCACACUGACUUUGACCCACAGCUUGCCUGGCAUCUCUCGAUGGUUCGAAGUGGAGAGGAGGGAACUGGUGGAGGUGAGCCCUCUGGAGAAUGCCAUCCAAGUUGUUGAGAAUAAGAACCAGGAGCUGCGGGCCCUGAUCAGCCAAUAUCAGCACAAGCAGGUGCAUGGCAACAUCAACCUGCUCAGCAUGUGCCUGAAUGGUGUCAUUGAUGCAGCUGUUAAUGGAGGCAUUGCACGCUACCAGGAGGCCUUCUUUGAUAAAGAUUACAUAACCAAGCACCCAGGAGAUGCUGAGAAGAUCACCCAGCUCAAGGAGCUCAUGCAGGAGCAGGUCCACGUCCUUGGAGUUGGGCUAGCAGUUCAUGAGAAGUUCGUACACCCAGAAAUGCGGCCUUUGCACAAGAAGCUGAUUGAUCAAUUCCAAAUGAUGCGGGCCAGUCUCUACCAUGAGUUUCCAGGUUUGGAUAAGUUAAGUCCUGCAUGUUCAGGCACCAGCACCCCACGGGGAAACGUUCUGGCAUCCCAUAGCCCUAUGAGCCCUGAGAACAUCAAGAUGACCCACCGGCACAGCCCCAUGAACUUGAUGGGCACAGGCCGCCAUUCAUCAUCCUCUCUCUCCUCACAUGCGUCUAGUGAAGCGGGAAACAUGGUGAUGAUGGGCGACAGCUCCAUGGGCGAGGCACCUGAGGACCUUUACCACCACAUGCAGCUCAUGUAUCCCAACCCCAGGUACCAAGGCUCAAUCACCAACGUCUCUGUUCUGUCCUCGUCCCAGGCAAGCCCUUCUUCCUCCAGCCUGAGUUCCACUCACUCAGCGCCAUCCCAGAUGAUUACCUCUGCCCCUCCCAGCGCCCGAGGCUCUCCCUCUCUGCCAGAUAAGUACCGCCACGCCCGGGAAAUGAUGUUGCUGUUGCCCACACACCGGGACCGCCCAAGCAGUGCCAUGUACCCAGCAGCUAUCCUGGAGAAUGGACAGCCACCAAAUUUCCAGAGGGCUCUGUUCCAGCAAGUGGUUGGAGCCUGCAAACCCUGCAGUGAUCCUAAUCUGUCUGUGGCCGAAAAAGGUCAUUACUCCCUACACUUUGACGCCUUCCACCACCCCCUGGGUGAUACUCCUCCAGCCCUCCCCGCCCGGACCCUGCGCAAGUCUCCUCUCCAUCCUAUCCCAGCCUCCCCAACAAGCCCCCAGUCAGGCCUGGACGGCAGCAACUCUACCCUGUCCGGCAGUGCCAGCAGCGGCGUAUCCUCCUUAAGCGAGAGUAACUUUGGGCACUCCUCAGAGGCCCCACCUCGCACGGACACCAUGGACUCCAUGCCGAGCCAGGCCUGGAAUGGCGAUGACGAUCUUGAGCCACCCUACCUCCCUGUCCACUACAGCCUCUCCGAGUCUGCUGUCCUGGAUUCUAUCAAGGCGCAGCCAUGCCGAAGCCACUCAGCCCCAGGGUGCGUCAUCCCUCAGGAUCCCAUGGACCCGCCUGCGCUGCCGCCCAAGCCCUACCACCCCCGCCUGCCAGCCCUGGAGCAUGAUGAGGGCGUCCUGCUGCGUGAUGAGGCCGAGAGACCUCGGGGCCUGCACCGCAAGGCCUCACUGCCUCCUGGGAGCACCAAGGAGGAUCAGGCCCGCAUGGCCUGGGAACACGGCCGAGGGGAACAGUAA